CUGUCUGCUGAAAUUCACAAGAUGUUGGCUCCCAUGAUGGGAGAAGCAGGGAGCUGAGCCUUCAUUUUGUUGUCCCUAAUUCCUAAGAGAAAAGUGGUAACACUUUUGUUUUUAUUGGCCAUAUUUGUUAAAAGGAAUUGGUGUGAUUCUUAAAUCUAAUGGAUUAUCUUUUGAGUUUAUUCUUUUUAUGUUUAAUCAAAAUUUCAGUUUCCUUUCCCCUGAGACCCUACUUUUCCUCUCUCCUUCCUGGCAGCCCUCACCAGCUCCAUUGCUUCCUAUGUCCUUUCCCUGUUCUUCUGGCCCACUUAGGGAGUGGUUUUUCUGAGAAAGUAACAUUUUAUGAAAAGUGGACUUUUGGAUUAGCAUCUAAUAGGGUCCAGGUUUUUUUUCCUCUUAAAGCUGCCCUUUUUUUCUGUAACGUUUCUGCCUAGGUUUCAUGUCGGCAUCCUCUGGGCUGCAAUUAUUUUGUUCUGCCGCCUUCAUUCUUGGGAAGCAUGCUUCUGGCCAAGUUCAACUGUUUGAACGGAAAUCAAGGCUGGAUGUUUUUCUGUUUGUUUGUUUGUUUUUUUGUUGUACAAAUGGACUUCCAUAACAAAUCAUGUUUAAAAAAUUUUUUUUUAGAAGUUAGGCUAUGUUCCUAAGAAGAGCUAGCUAAUAGACAAACUCCAAUUCGCAGAGCAGAGGGAAAGGAUCGGUAGGCUCAGAUAUUUAGUUUUAUUCUGUCACAUUCUCUUCAAUCAAAAUCUACCCCACAGAGCUAACUCAUUUUGCUGAGAAUGUCAUCUAGGUGACAUUUGGUUAGUAUGGCCUAUAUAAGUAUGUAACUGUGCAAAUAUAUUAUAAUAAUACAAAGUAUCUUUUAAGAAUUACCUUUUUACAUUGGUUCCCUUUUAUUUUGGAGAAUUUGUAGUUCAGGUAUUUUUUUAGGUAAGACUCACUAAUAUUAGGUGAAUGGAUACCCUGUAAGGAGUAUUCAGUACUUUUAAACAUGGCAAAAUUUAAGAAUUAGGCAGCAGGGAAAUGUUUUAUUUGCUGACCAUAAAACUUAGCUAAAAGUUGAAUUAAGGGUUGAAUUAUAUUCUAUUUUUCAGUGAAAUGCAGUCUUACAAAUCAUUUCUUGUAAUCAGGAAAAACUGCACUUGUUUCUCGAACAACUGACUACCUGUUGUUUUUCUUACCUUAGGGCACAGGUUCAGUAUUCACUAGGGAUACUUUGCUACUCUUCUUUUUCUUCAGAGUAACUUUCUAGCAUGCCCAGUCUACUAUGAACUUCUCAAAUUUGUUGUUUAUGUGUCUUCUAAUGGCUCAGGAUGAUUUUUUUUCCUUUCAGGGUGUGGUGAAUUUUGGGCAUGAUCUAAAAGGGUAUCCCAAAUGAUGCGUUCCGUUUAGUUUGAGCAGCAGUUGCCCAUGUAUCAGUUGUUUCAGGGUAAAUUAAUCUGGCCCCCAAAUGUGCACUGUCUCCAGACAUAUCCAGAUGAGCCCCAAGCUGGAAGUUUGUGAAUACCCUGGAUGCGAAGGCUAUCGUAACUCAACAGUGGGUCCUAUCCUGGACAGAGCUCCACUGUUUGGUAUUCAAAGUUUUCUCUGUGGAGAGAGUUUGUAGGCCAGUAGCAAGUACUGCCGUAACAUACCAGUCACGUUCACUGAUAAAGCAAAAUUUGUAACUGAAAGUGAGACAAAAAUUGUCCUUGUCUCUUCUGGCCUGUCUCUCUGAUGCCCCUAAACUUACAGAAAGUUCAUAUUGUCAGAAAAGUUUUUGUAGGCAGAAGGUUAGUCUCUAGUUUUGCCACAUGAUUUGCUAACCUCUGCUUACUAAAACCAUUACUUAUCACUCAAAUACCUCUAGACAUUACCAUAGUUAUAACUCUGCUUGAUGUAAAACAACUUGUAUAUCUUCCUGGCUAACAUAUUGUAUAAGCAUAGGAGAUUAUCUGCCAGAAAUUUAUUGUUUGAAACAUAGAACUUCCUCUUGAACAGUUUUGUUCUUGUAUUUAUUUGAGAAAGAACAAGUUGAAGAAAUUAUUAGUUAAAGAAGAAGUCAAAUGAUUUAAAUCAGACCUUGUGUAUGAAUGCUUACGUGUGUGUUAUUUAUUGAAGAAAAUGUGUUUCAAUUUGGGAACUGGAAAAUUGGAUAUUUAAUUUUAAUUAUAUUUUUAUUUAUUUAAAAAGUAGAGGUUUUCUUUCAUUAUUGAUUUAAUUAUUUCAUCCCAUAAAAUGACUUAACCUAAUUUGCCCUGCCUAUUUUGGUUAAGACACAGGGAAGCACCUUAAAUCUGAUAAUUUCUAAAUUACAUAAUUUUAAGAGGCGUUCUUUCCACUUAUAUGAACUACAAAGAAAAAAGAAAUCCAGCUAGAAAUCAUUUCACCUUUUUGCUGUAAAAUUUUAAAAUAGGUUUGUGACAUGACAGUAUAAAUUUUCUUGCUAGAUGCUAAUGAUAAAUUUUAUCAUCUAUAUGAGGACUUAAAUAUUACUUGGGGAUAGUUAAUGAGUUGAUCUGCUCAUUCUCAUAUUUGAGAUCUUGUGGUAUCAUAUCAUUCUGAGAUAGGGUAGUUUCCCAUUUUUGUGUGUGUGUUAAACUUGUACUCAACCCUUAUUUUAUAUUGUAAAUAUUUGACUUAAUAUAAAUUAUUUUUAUGCAAAGUAAAGGAUCUAGAGUUUUAUUUAACUUCCUCUUAGUAUGCACAGGAAAAUAACUGGACAAGGAUUGUGGAUAGGGCUUUUCCCUGCCUUUUUACCUUUUAAAUUUGUUCGGUUGAAUACACCAGGUUAUUAAGAUAAAACCCGUGGACUUGUACAGAGAUUAGAGUUUAAUUUUAGUUACAAAAGUGAAGAAAUCUUUUCAAAGGUCUUAGAGAGUUCACUUUUAUUUUCUUGAUGAAAUGGCAUCUAGGUAGCUGGUUAAUAAUCAGCUUGUUUUUAUGUUGGGACAGUUGAGAAGAAAUGAACUUUGAUCCCAGUCACUUAAACUACCUCCAUGGUGAAAUUGAACUCAUUUCAUUUAAUACUUAAUAUGUCUCUAUGUUAGGAAAACUUCUUAGAAGAUAACAGUUAUGUUUAUAUUUAGAUAUAAAAUGUCUAACUUCAUCUUUUAUGAACAAAGGCUAAGGAGGGAGAAUUUGUGAAUCUGCAUGUGAUUUUUUUUUAAUUAAAGGCAAAAAAAUGAUACUGACAGUGAAGGGCUGGACUGAGAAACAGUACCCUGUAUUACAACAGAAAUGAGGAAAAGAGGUAGUGGGCAACAGAGAACUUUGUCCUGCUCAUAGAUCCCCCAAGAAUCCCUGUCCCCUUCCCCCAAACCUCCUGCCAGAAUGUUGGGUUUCAAAGAAUGAGCAGAUUAACGGAUAUCAGGGAGUUCUGUGGCCUGGACUGAGGAUAAGGAUAAUUUGUCAGAGUUAAAGUACUGGCUGAAUCAUUACAGACUUUCUACUUGGUAUAUGUCUCUGUGAGGAUAAAGAGAACUUAGACAAGGAGCAUUAAAGCUGUUGCUGUUUGAACGAAGUCAUACAGUAAGGCAACAACUGAAGAUCAAGAGGGAAGCAAGAGUAUAAAGACAGCCUCAAAUUUGUAAGACCGAGUUGGGAAGCAGUCAUCCAUAAGGAAGCCAGAUUAGAUCUCAGUCUCCAAGGUUCAGCAUGCCAAGGAAAGCUGCUGCUGAUGGACACAAGCCCUGCCUCAUCAACUGAUUCACUAGGGCCAUGUCAGUGGCCACCUCUAUGAGAGAUUCUGCCUCUAUACGGCCUUCUCUGUGGAAAAACCAAGUGGCCUUGAAAACGGGUAAGAUCAAGUUUCAGACUUGGGCUCAGCAGAAGAGGGACUUAAGGCUGGGGCCAGUGACAGGAUCUUCAUGUAUCCGUUUGGGAAUUGUGAUACUGUUGGUGGUUUUCCUGCCAAGUAUGUACUGUGACCUGGGAUCAGUAUAUUAUACUUCCUAUGAAAUAAUUAUUCCCAAGGGGCUGAUACUUCAGGAAAGGGAUGGCCAAGAGAAAAAUACAUCCUACAUGAUAUUUAUGCAGGGCCAGAAACAGCUGAUUCACCUGAACGUGAAGACAAACUAUUUUAUCAAGAACUUUCCAGUCUUCAGCUACCACAAUGGCAUUCUGGGACAAGAAAUGCCUUCCAUCUCACAUGACUGUCACUAUGAAGGCUACAUCGAAGGACUCCCGGGUUCUUUCGUUUCUGUCAACACCUGUUCAGGCCUCAGGGGCAUCCUGAUUAAGAAGGGAAAAUCCUAUGGCAUCGAGCCCAUGGGCUCUUCAAGACAGUUUGAACAUGUGCUGUACACCAUGGCCCAUCAAGCUCCAGUCUCCUGCAGUGUCACUUCCAAAGACAGCCCAGUGGUGUCCACCAGCCGGCAACAAGGGAGCAGGAAGCGGGGCGGUCUACAGGAGCUGUCCUACUUGUGGUCACUCACCAAGUAUGUGGAGAUGUUUGUUGUGGUCAACAACCAGCGGUUCCAAAUGUGGGGCAGUAACGUCAAUGAGACGGUCCAGAGAGUGAUGCACAUCAUUGCCCUGGCCAACAGCUUCACUAGGGGAAUAAACACACAGGUGGUGCUGGCUGGAAUGGAGAUUUGGACCGAGGGGGACCUCAUAGAGGUCCCAGUGGACCUGCAAGUUACACUCGGGAAUUUCAACAGCUGGAGACAAGAGAAGCUCCUCCAUCGUGUGAAGCAUGAUGUUGCCCACAUGAUUGUCGGACAGCAUCCUGCACAGGGUAUGGGACAGGCAUUUCUCAACGGUGCCUGUUCACGUGGUUUUGCAGCAGCUGUUGAAUCCUUCCAUCAUGAAGAUGUCCUGCUGUCUGCAGCGCUCAUGGUCCAUGAGCUUGGGCACAACUUGGGUAUUCGGCACGACCACUCAGCCUGCAUUUGUAAAGACAAACCCCUCUGCCUCAUGCGUGACAAUAUCACUACAGAAAGUGGCUUCAGCAACUGUAGCUCUGACGACUUCUACCAGUUCCUCCAGGAGCACAGAGGGGCCUGCCUAUUUAACAACCCUCAGCAGCACAAAGGCCGCUUGCGUAGGGGUUCCUACUGUGGAAACGGUGUGGUGGAGGGUGAGGAGCAGUGUGACUGUGGUUCUGCCUGUUACACCGACCCGUGCUGUGACCAAACAUGUCGCCUGAAGGGGAGUGCAGAAUGUAGUGAUGGACUCUGCUGUUUUGGUUGCCGAUUGAAGAAUAAGGGGUUCAUGUGCCGUUCUGCUUUGGGAGAGUGUGACCUCCCAGAGUAUUGUGAUGGCACCUCUGCAGAGUGCCCCACAGACACCUAUAAGCAAGAUGGGACGUCGUGCGGUAGACUGCACUACUGUGUUGGGGGUCUGUGCAGAAACCCUGAUAAUCAAUGCAUGGCUAUGUAUGGGUACACUGCACGGUCAGCCCCAGAAAACUGUUACAUUUCAAUGAACAGCAAAGGGGACCGGUUUGGAAACUGUGGCCGUCCCACCUCGGCAAUGUCAAGAUAUGUUAAGUGUUUUGAUGAUAAUGUAUUUUGUGGGAAAAUUAUAUGUACAAAUAUUAGACGGGCCCCAUCCAUCAUCCCAGCCAUCAAACCCCAUCACACACUGAUCCAGAUUCCUUAUGAAGGUGACUUCUGCUGGAGCUUGGAUGUCUAUAACAUUACUGAUAUCCCUGAUGAGGGAGAUGUGCACUCUGGCACUGCUUGUGCCCCAAACAAAGUCUGCAUGAAUUACUCCUGCACUGAUCAUGCUGUGCUCAACUAUGACUGCAGACCAGCAGAAAUGUGCAAUGGGAGAGGAGUCUGUAACAAUGUAAGGCACUGCCACUGUGAGGCUGGCUAUGCACCCCCCGACUGCAGAACUCCAGGAAAUGGGGGGAGUGUGGACAGUGGUUCCCCUGCUAAACCAACUGAUGAAAAUCUAAGUAAAGGUGAAGGUGGCAGUCCUGCUAAACUUAGGAAUGAAUUUCAAAAUCUUGGUGUUAUAGUUUUCAUACUCCCUUCAUUUCUUUUACUAUUAUUGGUAUUAUUAAUAUGUUGCAUUAGUCUUAAUGCUGGAAUUGAGUCAGUAGAGACCCCAGGGGCCUCAACAACAUUGAGUUCAGAGCAUACCAUUGUUGAAUCAGAGAUUAUCCCAUCAGAGGAGGCAAUCAGAGAGGAAGGCCUCCCACCAGAAGAAGCCUCCCCACCAGUGGAGCCCCCGCCACCAGAGGAGCCACCACCACCGGAGGAGCCUCCCCCACCGGAGGAGCCUCCCCCACCGGAGGAGCCUCCCCCACCAGAGGAGCCCCCGCCACCAGAGGAGCCACCACCACCUGAGGAGCCUCCCCCACCAGAGGAGCCCCCUCCACCAGAGUCAUAAGUGAUGGUAGCAAUGGAAGCACAGAAAUAACCAAAAGUAGAAGAGUAGUUGAGGAAGAAGCCAAAGAAUAUCAAAUACCUCAAGUACUGAGUAGGAAUGGAAGGCUUAGAAAGGCAAAGACAAAGUGAGAAUUGAUGGCUCUAGUAGUGCUGAUGGGACUGUAUAAUCUACAGAAAUACUAUGUAGGAAGAGAACUCCUGCUUUCAAUAUUUACUUUAGUAAUUUGAUAUAUAUUCAUAUAUGAAAUCGUACAUGAAAUAUUCUGUAUUUUUGCUUUUCCCCAUUUCAUGAAACUAAGUUUUUCUCAUGGAUCACUGCUAGUUGUUUCAUGUAGGCCACUUUUUGAUCUGAAAUUUUUUUCACGGCAUACCAUCUUCCAUCUGCAUUGUUUGACAUAAUGUGUUAUCUGUACCUAUAUUACUGGAUUAUUCAAACCAGUGACAACAAUGCAUUAUUUUAGGAACAUUAUCUAUUGAGUACUUUGAUUUGCACUAACCGUUUCUAUUCCUGAAAGAGAUAAUUUAAAAUAAAGAAAUAAGUA